UAAGAACAUGGCCAUAAUCUACACGCAAGGUAGCAGGCCAGGAAAGAAAAUUUGCAUAAAAAUGGUAAAAGGGUAUAGGGACAUUGGUAGCAUAAAGUGAAUAAACAAUCUGUGUGGUGCUGCCUAGCUUAAUGGUAACUCUAAAUAGCAUCAAACAUCGUUUGUUACACAAACAUUUCAAGAAAAAGGCAAAAGCUAGAGAAGCUUGGAGAGUUAAAUGUAAGUACGGACAGAUCUAGCUGCAUGCAUAGAUUCUGCCAGCCUGGAGGGAAGUAUCAAGGUUAUACAGGGAACAUCCUUAACUAUAUGUAGAUGAUGCAGAGAAGAUAGCUAAAUAUUCUGUUCUAAGACUAAACUUUCAGAACAAUUUUUCUUAAAAAGGGAGAUAAAAUGAAGCAAAAUAAUCAAGAACACACAAAACCACAUCCCUGAUCACCUUUCUAAUAUUUACUGUCAUGGUAGUACUGCAGCUUUCUCAUCCCACCGGUUCAUUCAAUAUCAGAUCAAAGCUCACUUGUUUUCAUCGCAAGUUUUCCUCCAAAGUCUCAUCUAAUGUUCCUUCUACGUCGUUCAUAAGCAGUUCUCAUCAACCUGAUUACCCUGCCUCACUGUCACCUCCGGCAAGUCAGAGUGUAGCAGCAAUAGUUUUUGGCGAUGCAUCACAUUCAAGACUCUAUCCGUUGACAAAGAGAAGAUCUGAUGGAGCUAUUCCAAUAGCGGGAAACUACAGACUCAUUGAUGGAGUUGUAAGCAAUUGCAUUAACAGUAACAUAACUAAGAUAUAUGCAUUAACACAGAAAAAUUCCACAUCUCUCAACUCCCACAUCUCAAGAGCAUAUUCUGGUGCCUGCCUUGCCAAUGAAGGUUUCGUUGAAAUGAUAGCUGCUUAUCAGAGUGCCGAUGACAAGGACUGGUUUCAGGGAACUGCUGAUGCUGUGAGAAGAUGUUUGUGGGUAUUAGAAGAAUAUCCAGUAGCUGAGUUUCUGCUCCUUCCUGGUCAUCAUCUCUACAAGAUGGACUACCAGAAACUUAUAGAAGCUCACCGCGACAACAAUGCUGAUGUAACUCUUGCUGUCUCGAGUAGCAUGAGAUGUAGGGAUCCAUCAUACGUGAAUGUCAGAGUAGGUAAAGAAAAUCAAGUUGUCGAGUUUAUAAAAUGUCAAGGAAAACCACCCAUUCACUCUAAGCUUGAAGAGUCAAUAAUGGUGAUUGAUGAUGCACAUGAUACUUUUCCAAGCAUGGGGAUCUAUGUCAUUAACAGAGUUGUCAUGAUAAAACUUCUAAGAGAGUACUUCCCCAAAUCAAAUCACUUCAGAAGCGAUGUAAUACCCGGUGCAAUAGCUUUAGGCUUGAAGGUUCAGGCAUAUAAAUUUGAUGGGUAUUGGGAAGACAUGAGGAGCAUUGAAUCAUUCUACCACGCGAAUAUGGAAAGCACAAAGAUGACAGACAUGCCAUACAACAGCUUCUAUGAUAGAGACUUCCCUCUUUACACUCUGCCCCGGCAUCUGCCACCGAGUAUAAUAACUGAUGCAGCCAUAAAGAAUAGCAUCAUUGGUGAUGGAUGCAUUCUCAGUAACUGCAGAAUCAAAAACUCAAUCCUUGGUAUGAGAACACGGGUGGGAGAUAAGGCUAUAAUUGAGGAUUCGGUGGUUAUGGGUUCUGAUAUCUACCAAAGUGUUACUGAUGACAGGGAGGGUACAGCUACGAGUAUUCCAAUUGGCAUCGGGGAAGGCUCACACAUAAGGAAAGCUAUAGUUGACAAGAACUCAAGGAUAGGCAAAAAUGUUAUGAUUGUAAACAAAGACAAUGUUGAGGAAGGUGGCAGUGAAGCAAAGGGCUAUAUCAUUACAGCGGGGAUUGUUGUGAUACUAAAGGGUGCAGUGAUCGAAGACGGGACUGUCUUGUGAGCAUUAGCUAGGAAGCGACUCCUUAAAUUAUGGCCUGCUACUCGUAUUUAGGAACAAUAAUACCAUUCAGAGCUCAAAAUCAGAGAUCCCAUUCUUUUUAUCAGAAUGUAAAAAUAUACAUUAGAGGAAAUGCAUUAUCCCAAUCAA